AAGUCAGGGGAAUUUGCCUAAUAUAAUUGCACGGUAACAUCUGAAGAAAAUUUACGAGAAACGAUGACGAAAUAAUACGCUGCGUUUUAAAGACUUUUUCUGCGCCUGUUCAAGCAUCGAUUUAAAAUAAUUAAAGAAAAAAAAAAUGUAAUAAGAAAAGGCCCGCUGCCAAAGAUAUCAUAUUUGUCUGUACACAAAACGUUUCGCUUUGAACCAAAUCAAUAGCGUAAGUGACAAAGCUUGGAUACAGUAGCGAGACUAAUUUAAUUGGAUCUGGUUUUAAGUUCAAUUGAGAGAUUUUGAGGUUUUUAGGGAUUUAGGAGUAAGAAUGGAGGAUAGUAAUAACAAUAAUAAGAAGAAGAGAAACAACAAGAAGAAGAAUAAAAACAAGCAGAGCAAAACGACAGAAGAUGAUGCCGUUUUUGUUGGCGGCGUGGAUCAUCAGAAUGGUGCGAGUAGUAAUGGAAAUAACCAAGUUACUGACCUCGCCGAGAUUCAAAAUGGUGAUGUGCAAAAUGCUGCUAAUGUGGAUGGUUUUGAUAGGCAUCAGAAUACUGGAACUGAAAUUUCCAUUUCAGUGGAAGCUGAGAAACAACAGUGGUUUCAAAGAGAGGCAAUAUUUGAAGAGACAAUAAAACGAUUACAGAAUGAAAAUGAUUUACACAUACAGAAAGAGGCAAUCUUAAGAAAGAGCAUCAAAGAAUUACAGGAGGAAAAUGAUAUUCAGAGACGAAAACAGGUUAUGUUAGAAGAAACAGUCAAGGAACUACAAAAUGCAAAUGAUUCAGCUUUACAGAAAGAGGCCACAUUAGAAGAGACAAUCAAGGAAUUAAGAAAUACAAAUGAUUCAGCUUUACAGAAAGAGGUUAAAUUAGAAAAGACAAUCAAGGAAUUAAGAAGUGCAAAAGAUUCUGCUUUACAGAAAGAGGCUAAUUUGAAAGAAGAUAUCCAAAAGUUGAAAUAUGAAAAGGAUUUAGAGCUACAAAAAGAGGCUGGUCUAAAGAAGAAAAUUGCACAAUUACAGAGUGAAAAUGAGCUGUUUCUUCAAACAAAGGCUGGCUUGGAGGAGAAACUUCAGCUCUCAUUGAAUGAGAAUGCUUCUUUGGGUUUAAAAGAGGCAAGCUUGGAGGAGAAAAUCAAACAACUAGAAAGCGAAAAAGAUUCUUGGACUCUAGCAGAGAAUACAACCAAAGAAACAAUUGCUAGAAUGAAUGUUGAUGUCACAAGGCUACGGAUGCAGGUGGUGGAGUUGGAAGAAUCCAGGAAUAGCCUCUUAAAAGAAAAUCAGCAACUGAUGGAAAACAUAUCUGAUCUACAGUUACAGGUUCAGAACCUUGAGACAAACAUUUCCUCUGCUAGCACAUCCUGUGAACAGAAAAAGCAUGCUCUCGAAGGCGAGGACUUGGAGUCCCAGAUUGAAGCAGCUUGUGCACUGGUUGACAAAUUGAUCACAGAAAAUGCAGAGCUUGUUGAGAAAGUUAACGAGUUGUAUAUUAAGCUUGAUCAACAAAGUACAACCGCUACAGCUUCUUCAGGAAAUGCUGAAAUUACCUAUAUAGCUGAUUCCAUACCUCAAUCUGAUGAAAACAUGUCCGUAGUUGUUCAUAAGUUGGAGUCCUUGGAAGUUGAACAUGCGGCUGCACUUCCAUAUGCUGCAGAAGCUGACUCUGGAGAAAUCGUGCAAAUUCCUUUGGAUGAUAAUGAGCUCCGGGACUUGGAACUGCAAGCUGUUGAGAGUGAUAAGACGGAAGCUGUGCCGAUUUCAGACGCUCCUUUGAUUGGAGCUCCUUUCCGGUUAAUAUCGUUUGUAGCUAAAUAUGUCAGUGGUGCUGAUUUGGUUGACAAAGACACAUUAAGUUCAAGGUCUUAGCUCAGCAAGGGCACAGCUAUUUUUGUUUUCAAUUAUUAUUUUCCAGCAAUCAAAUUACUUCCCUUGUAGAGAUUAAAGGUGUCUAUUUGGGCCAUUACAUUGUUUUUCUUAUACAGAAUAUUUAAGUGACUUGAGGAAAAACCAGCAGAGGUUCUGUAUUAAUUGAUAUUAGGGACCAUGACAGUGCGGUUUAAUGAUACAUGCUAUAUUCUGCAGUUGCAGUUGAAACAA